AUGCUCGAGUGGUUUUUUGGCAAGUCAUUUGAUCCGGAAAAGGAUAUACCAAGCCUGGACGGUAAAGUCAUUCUAGUAACUGGUGGAAAUGCUGGUCUGGGAAAGGAGACAAUUUUGCAACUGGCAAAGCAUCAUCCGAAAGAAAUCUUUCUCGCGGCGAGAACGCAGCUGAAAGCAGAAGAUGCCAUCCAGGAAAUCAAGAAAGCUGUUCCCAAGAGCAACAUCUCGUACAUUAAACUGGACCUCACCUCGUUUACGUCUGUAACAGAGGCAGCAGAGGAGUUCAAGAGCCGCUCUGACCGGCUCGACAUCUUGAUCAACAAUGCUGGCAUCAUGGCAGUACCGUACUCCAAGACCAAGGAGAACUACGAGAUCCAGUUCGGCACGAAUCAUAUGGGCCACGCACUACUGACCAAACUGCUACUCCCUACACUACUGUCAACCGCCGAGAAGCCAGGCUCUGAUGUUCGCGUGAUCAACCUAAGUUCUGAAUGUCACUACUUUGCACCCAGCAUCAUCUACGAUCAAGACCGACUGGAGUCGUAUCACACAUUCCGUCGCUAUGGUCAAUCCAAGCUGGCAAACAUCCUCCACGCUCGCGAGUUACAGAGGAGAUAUCCAUCAAUCACGGCAACGGCUCUUCAUCCAGGCGUGAUAUUGACAAACCUGUACACCCCACAAAUACAAAGCAACGUUCUCGCCAAGUUCGGUUUGCCGCUCGCCAAUCUGUUCUUCAAGGACGUACCGAACGGCGCGAAGAAUCAGCUCUGGGCUGCUACUGGCCCGAGAGAAGAGGUCCGGCAGUCGUACUAUUGGAAACCGGUGGGAAUUGCUUCGAACGAAAGUAUCUUCUAUGCACGAAAAGCAGGCCUUGCGCGAGAGCUUUGGGAUUGGACAGAGGAGCAACUCAAAAAGCACGAGUAG